CCACUUUGCAGAGGGAGGAAGAGACGCCGGGCUUAGCAAGGGCUGUCCACUAAGAUGCCUGAAGGACCUGAGCUUCACUUGGCGAGCAGGUUUGUUAACAAGGUCUGCAGUGGCCUCGUGUUCUCAGGGAGUGUGGAAAAAUCUGCCGUGAGCAAAAACUCUGAGGUGCCGUUCCAGUGCGAUGCUUACAUCAUCUCGGCGGUGUCGCGGGGGAAGGAGGUCAAGCUGACCCUGACGCCGAUCAAAGAGGAGGACAGGAAGGAGGACGUAAAGCCCCUGGCAACAGAGCCUGGGAGAGAGUCCCCUGGCCCAAUGGACAUCGUCUUCCGCUUUGGGAUGUCUGGCUCGUUUCAAAUGACUGCAGAGGAAGAGGUCCCUAAACACGCCCACCUCAGGUUCUUCACCAGAGAUGAGCCCAGGAGGGUGUUGUGUUUUGUGGACCCGAGAAGGUUUGGGAGCUGGGAAGUCAACGGGACAUGGCAACCGGAUAGAGGGCCCUGUGUGAUGCUUGAAUAUGAAAAGUUCAGGCAGAAUGUGUUGUCGAAUCUGUCCAACACAGCCUUUGACAAGCCGAUCUGUGAGGCGCUAUUAAAUCAAAAAUACUUCAAUGGAAUUGGGAAUUAUCUUCGGGCGGAGAUUCUCUUCAGGUUGAAAGUUCCUCCAUUUGAGAAGGCAAGGACAGUGUUGGAAGCUUUACUUCUUAAGGAGACGACAGCUGAGUUGACUCUGAGUAAGAAAAUAAAGAUGAAGUUGGAGAAUCCUGAUAUUCUUGAGCUGUGUCACUUGCUCCCUAUGGAGGUCAUUAAUUUGGGCGGCGAGGGCUACAACUCCGACCGGUCGGACGAAUCCUCUGCUUUCACAGCGUGGCUCCGCUGCUAUGAUGUGGCAGGAAUGCAGAUACUACGGGAUAGCAACGGGAGAACCAUUUGGUUCCAGGGUAACCCAGGACCAAUGGCUCCGAAAGGUUCCAAAACUCCCAAAGCCAAGUCUCGGAGGAAAAAGACAACAGAUAAGGAUGACAACCAAACAGGAACACCCGAGGGUCACCCAGCCAGAAAGAGGAAGGGGAAAUCAGAGCUGCAGACAUCCCCAGAGGUCUCAAAGGAUCUUCCCCGGAAGAUCCCACGGGGAACCAGGGCAGCCGGGAAGCAGGCGGAGGAGAUGUCGGAGGUGGGUGAGAAAACCAAGAGGAGAUCCAAGCGCAGCAAGAGGAAGUCAGUAGGAAUAUCUUCAUCUCUUCCAGAGGCUCCAGCAGAAUCUGAAGCACCAAAGACUCAAUCCAAGAAAUCCAGGAAGAAGUAGUGAAGUGGGCCAUUUUAAUGUUGGGAAACAAGCCCAAGAGGAUCUUUGGAUUAAAGCAGCUUUAUUAAGCUGCGGGCAAGGAAGAGGUGGAUUCUGGACAGGUAGUGUGGUAGGAGGGUGGCAUCAAGCAGUUAAGGAGCUCUGUGGUUUAUCGUGUCUACUGGAUUAAAUCCCCACCUGUCCUGAAACUUCAUCUCCCUUGCACCUUUUAAAUGAUCAUUUGAAAUGUAUCGAAUAAGAAAAAAAUCCAAAAUUAUUAUUUUUAGGUGCUUUCUACUUUUUAACUGUAGUCUAACGUUUUUACCAUUGAAAUAAAAUCUGACAUUUUAAUG